AUGUCUGAGCGCUACCGCCAGUCGGCCACCGAGACAAAGGCCAACCAGCAGAUCCUCCACGCCCUCAUCCGCGACCACCCGCACAACAAGGUCUGCGCAGACUGCAAGCGCAACGACGCUCGCUGGGCUUCGGUCAACCUCGGCAUCUUUGUCUGCCUCCGCUGCAGCGGCAUCCACCGCGGACUCGGCGUCCACAUCUCGCGCGUCCGCUCGAUCGACCUCGACACCUGGACCCAGACCCACAUCGACACGAUGCGCCGCUGGGGCAACCACCGCGCAAACCUCUACUGGGAGGCCCACCUCAAACCGGGCCACCUCCCACCCGACCAG